AAAUUAAUUUACACCUUCUUCUUUUUUAACAGUUUCGCGCCUCCCUCCUUCUCUCUGAUAAGCGAAAUCGAAUUGCAGUUCCAGAAUCGGAUCCAAAGAUGAUCUCUCUACACAGUUCUGGAUGCAGAGUCUUUUGAGUUGAAGAUUUUUUGGCAGGGAAGGGGAUAUUUGGGCAAUUUUUGGUAUGUGAAACUUUCUCCUGAUUUUUCUUUGGCUUUUAUUUUUUCAAAAAGACAAACUUGGACUUGGAUUAGGGUAUUUUUUGGCGUGGGAUAAGUAAGAAAGAGAAAAUGGAUCUUGAUUUGAACCAAGAACCUCUGGAGCCUUCUCAUGGUUCAAUGUUAGGGUUAGGUUCUUUAAUUAAUGAUCUAGAAACUGCUCAUGGGCGGAUUGAAGAACGUAUCAGACGACUUGAAGCGGUCACCUCCAGGGCUAGGUGGCACCAGAGGUGGAGACACCCACAAAGUACUGAUCAAGAAGUGGACAUUUCUGUGGUCUCUGCUGCACCUGAAGUUCAGGAUGGUAAUGGACCGAUUACUGCAGAGGACAGUGUUUCUGUUCAUGAAAGAAUGGUUCCAUAUGGAAGAAAUGGAAAACAAUAUGGUAAUACUUUUUUGAUCGCUAGGGCUUUGGCUACAGAUAUGGAUGAUAGGAAGGCUGCAAAUGAUCGCGAUGGAUUCUUUGAUUGUCAUAUAUGCUUGGACAUUCCAAAAGAUCCUAUACUGACAUGUUGUGGGCAUUUGUUUUGUUGGCCAUGCUUCUAUCAGUUGCCAUAUGCUUACUCAAAUGUGAAGGAAUGUCCCGCAUGUAAUGGAGAGGUGACAGACACAGGCAUUACUCCUAUUUACGGAAACGGGAAUGGUGAUGGUACCUCCAGUUCCAAGUUGGAGGAGUCAGGAUUGAUAGUUCCUCCGAGGCCUCGUGCCAACAGGACUGAGACUUUGAGGCAGCAACUCCUUAAUCGUGGCACAUUCUCUGCUCCAGUUGAGGUGACAGUCGUGCGAGAAAAUAUUGUUGAUGCAGUGCAGGAACGAAUUCAUCAACAAGAGGAUCUUAAUGGACAUGUCCCUGAAGAAAGAAGUAACAUUUUGAGUAGUCAAUCUCAUGCUUCCCAAAUGUUGCCAGCUAUAGCAAUAGAAGGCAAUCAGCGCCACCGUUCCCUUCAAGCUUCAAGACUGUUAUUGCAAGGAGCUGCUUCCCUUUCUUCUGCCUUAAACUCAGCUACAGAUUCAGCAGAAAGAUUAGUAGAGGACCUUGAGGCAUAUAUUAACACCCAUGGCCGAAGGAGACAUCGACGUCGUCUACAUGUUGACACCGAUUCACUUUCCCACAUUAUCAGUGUUGGUCAACCUGGAAAUGGAACUCAUGAAACAGCUGAAGAAAUUGACUCUACAGUUCCCCCUUCUGCUUCGUACAUGUCAAGCCCAGAGGCUGCUGCGACUGCUGCACACAUUAUCGUGGACAACCAUGCAACAAAUACCGUAGAAAUCAAUGGUAGUGCUGCAAUGUCUUCAUCUUCCAGGAUACAAACUGAUAUGUCGACAGCCUCAGUUUCAGAUUCGGAGGAUACAAUGAGAAUCAGUUCCAAUUAUGCACCUUCAUCUUCAAGGAGAAGAACUGAAGUAGGACUUUCAGAUGUGGAUGGUGGAUUUUCCUAUGAACCUAGAAGGAGAAGGAUCGAAUAAAUAUAGCUCCAGAAGCAAAGAUGAAUUGACAGGGACCUUCCUAGUCUAAUGCGGGAAUCCAUGUGAAUGGUGCCAACUUUGAGAGCAACCAUCAUCUCACUCUACAAACCGCCAUACUAAUCCGUGAGAGAUGCAGACAUUGUUGACUCUGUCACUGCACAUUGGAUCUUUCUUUUGUUCAAGAAUUCGUUGAUGUUUUUCUUCUUCUUCUAAGGAGCAUACUUACAUCUUCUGUAUCAUGCAAAAGUGUUCCCAUGGGACCAAGAUUGGGCCAUAUAACUGGUAAGUGAAUGAACUGCUUUCACAAGCCAAAUAUAUCUUUUUGUCUGAGCGUUACUGUGUUUAAUGAAAAUACCCCUUUUUAAUGAAUAUA